AUGAUUCGCAGUCAUUCAUGGGCAAGAAGAGGAGUAACACCAAACCCGAUCAUUCACCCUAGGCAACAUAAUGUUUCAAUGAUAUUGGCUGUCAAUGGUUUAAAUAUUAUUCACUGCGAAGCUAUCAGUGUGUCAGUCAACACAGUUUUGUUUCAAGAAUAUAUUGAUGUUAUACAAGUUUUGGGGACAGAGGAAGAAUUCACCCUUGUGAUGGAUAAUGUCAGAAUCCAUCACAAUGUUGAGAUGAGGGCUCAGAACAUUCAAAUAAAAUAUUUGUCACCAUAUUCACCAUUCUUGAAUCCGUGUGAAGAGUUUUUUUUUUAUCUUAAGAAUAACGUGUGA